UAAUGGCUUGUCUUGUUAAAAAUCUCGUUUUGACAAAUUCCAUACGCAACAAAAAGCUCUUUCAUUAGAAGAUCCUAAAUGUUCGAAUUUACCAUAUGCAGCUGCCAACAUUAAACCUGUACAAUUCCAACUUAUGUCUGUUAUUUCUAAUUAUGUAUCCUUUUCAUAUUAUGAGUUUAAUGAAUUUGAUAACGUGUAUAAGGUGGUUAUUUCUUUUCUUUAAUCUGUCCAUUUUGGAGCAUAGUCUUUUUUUUAUUUAUUUUUAGAAUUUUUUUUUUUUUCUUUUUUUACAUUCUAAAGACUUUAUUGAAGUUGUUAAUGCAUUUUCUAUUAAUGGAUAUACUUUUUAUAAAAAAGUUUAUAAAUCUUAUUCAUUGAAUUUAGUUUAAUUUUAUUGAUCAUCUUAUGGUUUUUAUGAAUUUAUAAUCACAUCUUCACUAACUUGUAACUUUUUAAUUUUUUAAUUUUUUAUUUUUUUCUAAAUUAACUUUACUUUAACUGUUCUCCCUUACUUUUUUGUGGUAGUUUCCGCAUUUAAAUAUUCUAUUGGAAUUGUUUAUCCUCCUUUCUCAAAAUAUUUAGCACCGUCUGAUUUAUUAAAUCUUUUUAAAAAACUUAUAUAAUUUUUUCCUUUUAUAUUAAAACAAACGUAUAUGC